GGUUUCACUCGCAUUCUCUCUCACACCUUUUCACAAACACCUUGAGUGCAUUUCUCUGAGAGAGCAAAAAAGAUGCCGGCAGGACAUGGAUUAAGGUCUCGUACAAGAGAUUCAUUCUCACGUGCAUUCAGAAAGAAGGGAGUUAUCCCACUUUCAACUUAUUUAAGGAUUUUCAAAAUCGGUGAUUAUGUUGAUAUUAAGGUUAAUGGUGCUGUUCACAAAGGUAUGCCUCAUAAGUUCUAUCAUGGACGUACUGGUCGUAUUUGGAAUGUUACCAAACGUGCCGUUGGUGUUGAAGUCAACAAACAGGUUCGUAACAAGAUCUUAAAAAAGAGGAUCCAUGUGAGGAUUGAGCAUGUUCAGCAGUCUCGAUGCACCGAAGAAGUCAGAGAGAGGAUUAAGAAGAAUGAUCAACUAAAGGCUGAUGCCAAGGCUAGAGGUGAAAUUGUCAGCACAAAAAGGCAACCACAAGGACCCAAACCAGGGUUCAUGGUUGAAGGUGCUACUCUGGAGACCGUUACCCCCAUCCCAUAUGAUGUGGUCAAUGAUUUGAAGGGAGGAUAUUAAUCUUAAGUCUGUUUCUGAGGUGUUGUUUUGUUCUAUCUGCUUUUCUGAAAUUCAAAGACAGGAUUAGUUUUUUGUUGUCAGCUCCAGACAUUGCUUGUUAGUUCUAAAUUUUGUUUACCAUUAGAGUCCUUUGUUGAACUUUUGCUGCAAAGUGAAUGAAGUCUAUCUAUUACCUAAA